UUUACAAGGAUUCUGCAAGAUUAUGCCUGUAGAGUAUAAGAUUAAUUAUGUAAUGUGUAUACAAUGACAAGUUACUAGAUCUCAAUAUUUGUUUUUCCUUGUUAGUUCAUCUUUGUGUGUGCAAACCUAAAAUUAAACUAAUUUAUUCUUUCAACAUAUUUUGUAGAAUCACUUUAAAAUAACCCAUUACCACAAUAACAGCUUAGCUUUUAUGUGUGUGUUUGUGUGUGAUUUUUCUUAAUUUUUCUUUCCUUCUAGCUGAUUGUCCCAUACCUCAACAUGGAGAGAACACAGUUCUCACAGAAGAAUCCCUCCUAAAAAGUGAAUUCCCUGAUGGUACUGUGAUCACAUAUGAGUGCAGAAAUGGAUAUUACAAAGUAAGUGGCACUGGGACGAUGAACUGCGUCGAUGGGAAGUGGACCGAGCCAGAUAUCAUCUGCACUAAGAAAGACUGUGGUCUCCCUGAAGCACAACCACACAUGCUAUUUAACACCAGCGAAGGUACUCUGUUUGGUGCAUUGAUUAAAGUAACCUGUGACAAAGGUUACGUGAUAUCUGGAUCCAGCUAUAGAACGUGCCUGGCCAUAGGGUGGUUUGGAAAGGGAGAUUGUGUCCUUGUUACUUGUCCCAAACCGACUAAAGUGGAAAAUGGUGAACAUUCUUGGAAUAGUGACGAUAAACCAGUAUACCAACAAACAAUACAUUUCACAUGUAACACAGGAUACACUAUGGUUGGGAAUGAAACCAUUAGGUGUACUGAAACUGCCGAAUAUGAUUAUGAGCCACCACAAUGCAUCGUUGUUACUUGUCCCAAACCGACUAAAGUGGAAAAUGGUGCAACAUUCUUGGAAUAGUGACUGAUAAACCAGAAUAUCAACAAACAAUAAAUUUCACAUGUAACACAGGAUACACUAUGGUUGGGACUGAAACCAUUAGGUGUACUGAAACUGCCGAAUAUGAUUAUGAGCCACCACAAUGCAUCGCUUAUUGUCCCAUACCUAAAGGUGGAGAGAACAUGGUUCUCACUGAUGAAUCCCUCCUAAGAAAGGAUUUCCCAGAGGGUACAAACGUCAUAUAUGAGUGCGGCAAUGGAUAUGAAAAAGAAAGUGGCUCUGAGAUCAUAACCUGCAUUGGUGGAAAUUGGACUGAGCCAGAUCUAAUCUGUAAGAAAAAUACACCUCGUAUAGGCAGUGUGGCCAUUAUUGCGAUAGUUUGCAGUAUAGUUGGAAUUUUUGUAAACAGUUGUCUUACUGACAAGCUCAUAUGUCACUGGAGAAGAGCUGAUGACGGAGUUCUUCAUUCAGGUGGAACUGGACCCAGCUGUUGGGACAUCUACUACACAUGAAGGACUUCCAAACUCUGAGCGCCUUACCAAGCCUUAGAUAAAGCAAGCAGGCUCCCUUUUAUUAUCUUAUUGUUUUCUCUUUUAAAAGAAGAAAACCAAACGUCAUAUAUGGUAUAGUAUUGUUUCAAAGUUUAAUUUUUAGAAGCACUUUUUCUUAAUAGUUUUAUUGGCUGUAGUGACCUUUACUUGAGACCGGUUAAACAGGAAAGUCGGUAAUGAGAGAAGGGGAAGAUAUGCGGCACAGGCAAAGAGAACUUUUUUAUAAUUAUUUUUACCUAAUUACUUAAAGAUUGAAAAUACUUUAUUUCACUUAAUUUCUUUUCUUUCUACUAAAUAUGUUGUAAACACUUUUUCUACUUGUGUUAUAAUGAUUUCAGUCAGUGAAAAAAGUGUAGCUUAAAUGUUUUCAUAAAUCUUAAGCCUGUGAGUUUCCAGGUUUUUCUGUUAUGUGAUGUUUUAUCAGGACCGACAUAUAAUCCAAGUUGUUCAGGAAUGAUAGAGUUGGUUUAAUGCAGUUUACAGACUGCAUUGGAGGCUAGUGAAGAUUCGUUAUUUUCAUGAUUGUUUACUGUGGGGUUUUUUUAUCUGCUAUGCAGAAUAUUAACAAACCAUUUUAUUGAGAAAGAUUCCAAAGCAACUUUAAAAUGAAACAUUUUCUUAUAAAAAAAAAAAUAGAAAAAGAAAUAAUCUAUUUUUGACAAUAAAAUAAUGUGUGUACAAUGUAUCUAUUUAUGCAUAUGUAAAGAUAAAGAUGUCCAUCACAUAUGUCCACAACUAUGUGAUAAAGUUCACAUUAAUAAAAGCCAAAUGGAGGGUAAACUUGAAUUUUAUCAAGUUGUUUUCGGUUUACAGGUCUGCUUACGUUUUGAGUUUUGUGCAAUAGUUUGUAUGUUUGAGUAAAUCCAGCUCUGAAUACCAGGUACAAGUUGUCCACUCUGGUCCUGAGAGAGAUAACACUAUCUUCCCUGCACUGUUUGACUUUCAGACACUUUUGUUCUGACAAUUUUCUGUCAUCUUUGCAGCAUACUGUGUCCUUGCAUUGCUUCAUUAGAAAAAAGGAACUCCUUGAGUGAAAAGAAAAUAUUUAAAAUGAAUUGCUAUGACAUUGACAUUUUAGUGCAUUCUGUUCAUGCACUAAAAAUAAAACUUUGCUGAUUUUC